AGCCCAGCACUGCGGGCUCGUGGCCGCCCGGGGACGCGGUGCUGAGGCAUAAAGGCUGCAGCACAUCAAAACGGAGGCGGGCCACGCGGGGCGUGAAACGCUGCAGCCCAGACUCGCUGGCCGGGCCCCACGCGUGCCCUCCACUUUCGCUCUCCGCUCGCGCGCAGCGGGGCACGGUGGCCUCACUGGCUGGCCGGCUGGCAAGGCAGUCGCCAGAGCGCGCGGCGCUGCAGUAGAGGUGGGGGGCGCAGCCCAAAUUUCCUGCCAGCCGGCGCUGAGGGGCAUUCUCUGCGCGCAAGCAGCCCGGGAAAGCAGCGACCUGCCUGCUCGGAUUUCUCGGGGCUGGCUCCUCCCUUGCUCCCCCACCCCCUCCACCUCCAGAUUUGCAUAAAAAAGGCCAAGAAAACUCUGGCUGGGCCCCAGCCUGCGCUCACUCUGCUCCCCCGGGUCGGAGCCCCCCGGAGCUGCGCGCGGGCCUGCCGUGCCUCGCCCGCGCCAACUUCCCCGCGCCGGGCUUCGCGCGCUCGUGCCGCCGGCUUUCCGGAGCCCACGAGCAGGGCGAGCGGGUCCAGGACCAGCCCGGGCUCCGGCCGCCUCGCUUCCCCGGCUCGGCUCCUCCGCCCCCCGGGGGUCGCCGCUCCACGAUGCCGCGGGGCCCUGCCUCGCUGCUGCUGCUGCUGCUCGCCUCGCACUGCUGCCUGGGCUCGGCGCGUGGCCUCUUCCUCUUCGGCCAGCCCGACUUCUCCUACAAGCGCAGCAACUGCAAGCCCAUCCCGGCCAACCUGCAGCUGUGCCACGGCAUCGAGUACCAGAACAUGCGGCUGCCCAACCUGCUGGGCCACGAGACCAUGAAGGAGGUGCUGGAGCAGGCGGGCGCCUGGAUUCCGCUGGUCAUGAAGCAGUGCCACCCGGACACCAAGAAGUUCCUGUGCUCGCUCUUCGCCCCCGUCUGCCUGGACGACCUGGACGAGACCAUCCAGCCGUGCCACUCGCUCUGCGUGCAGGUGAAGGACCGCUGUGCCCCGGUCAUGUCCGCCUUCGGCUUCCCCUGGCCGGACAUGCUGGAGUGCGACCGUUUCCCACAGGACAACGACCUCUGCAUCCCCCUCGCUAGCAGCGACCACCUCCUGCCGGCCACAGAGGAAGCCCCGAAGGUGUGUGAAGCCUGCAAAACUAAAAACGAGGAUGACAACGACAUAAUGGAAACUCUUUGUAAAAAUGAUUUUGCACUGAAAAUCAAAGUGAAGGAGAUAACCUACAUCAACAGAGACACCAAAAUCACCCUAGAGACCAAGAGCAAGACCAUCUACAAGCUUAACGGUGUGUCUGAAAGAGACCUGAAGAAGUCCGUGCUGUGGCUCAGAGACAGCCUGCAGUGCACCUGUGACGAGAUGAACGACAUCAACGCACCCUAUCUGGUCAUGGGACAGAAGCAGGGCGGGGAGCUGGUCAUCACCUCCGUGAAGCGGUGGCAGAAGGGCCAGAGAGAGUUCAAGCGCAUCUCCCGCAGCAUCCGCAAGCUGCAGUGUUAGCUUCCCAGCGGGCAGCCUCUCACUACUCAGGCCCUGGGCUCUGCGGGCCGCUUUCGCUCUGCGACCUCACUUCCGGUUUCCCAAGCACAGUCCCCGAAAGCUCCAGCCCCAGCUUGGAGCGGCUUGCCCUGCCUCUUGCAUGUGUGUAUCCCUAACAUUUCCUGAAUUUUAUAAAGGCCCUAGGAGGCCUCUGGAAUGGACAGCUGUUUUCAUGGAAAGCCAGAGUCCUUCCAGAUCUUGUAGAGAUAUUCAAACUAAUAAAACCAUGGCUAUUUUAAUGAAGUUUUACAACAGCUCAUUUUAAGGUUAGUUGUGAGUAGGUAGUGCUGUGACCUGAGGGGCAUUUCCCUCUUUGGUCAGUCUGUUGGUUUGUACUGUGCGCUAAGGUUGCCACUUAGGCAGACUCUUUUUUUUCUCUGGGGUCUAAACGUGUGGGUCCCAGACUCGGUUGAGAUAAAGCUGGCCGUUAUCUCACCAUCUUCCUCGGCUCCAGCCUGAGAGCCAGAGUCUUAAACCAUUUCAUUGCUCCUUGUAACCCUCAGCGACUGUUUGGCGCACCCCGCCCCAGCUACAGAACUUCAGUCCGGAAGGGCACAUUGCACGAUGCCUUCACGCAAAGGGCAGAGUGAAUGCAGUAUAAACUGACCUGAGGAUUUUAACCUUUGUUUAAAACAUUUUUGUUUACUCCAUUUUUCCAAUUUUGCAAAUUAAAUCAUUGUAGCUUACCUGUAAUAUACAUAGUAGCUGACCUGGAAAAGUUGUAAAAAUAUUGCUUUAACCAACACUGUAAAUAUUUCAGAUAAACAUUAUAUUCUUUGUAUAUAAACUUCA